AUGGCCACAAAAAUCAUCUACUUCACAGUGAACGGGAAACCAGAGCAGGCUGAGUUCCCAGUGGAUUGCCCUGCCCAGGAUGUUAAAGAUCUUUUCCGCUCUGCAGCCGAGGCUGGACCCCACGACAUCCUGAAGCUGUACAACCCCAAAGGCAACAUCAUCAACAUCUCCCCAGGUUUAAAGCCCAACAGCCCAAACUCCUGCUACAAGCUGGAGGUGGUGGCCGCUGAUUGCAACAGUGAGCCGUUAGGAUUUGACCUCUCAUCCAUGGAGAAGAGACUGCAGGGCCUGGAGAAGAAAAUCCUGAUCGAGGCUGGUGAGACCCCUGCGGUCGUGUAUGAGAUGAAGAAACAGGUGGAUUCAUUUCAGGAAAAACUAGAGAGUGUGGAGCAUCUGAGCUGGCUCGGCUUGUUUAAAGACCUGUCAGAGGGAACACACAAGCCCUCUCCGUUCUACCACAAGAGAACCCUGCGGAAAACCAGGGAUGAGUGUGAGCACGUGCGGGAAAAGUUUCUUCAAAUGAGCUCUCUGGAGGUAUCAGAAGAAGUGAGGCAGUACUUAAAGACCCCAACCUUCGAUAACUGGCAGUGGGAGGACGCAGAGAUCAUGGUGCUCCUGCAGGUCAUGUACACAGAUUUAGAUUUCAUAGCAGCUUUCAAUAUUGAGCCUGAAGUACUGCAACAGUUCCUGUUCGAAGUCUACCGAAGAUACAACAACAUCCCUUUUCACAACUUCAAACACUGCUUCUGUGUUACUCAGAUGAUGUAUGGUUUGAUCUGGCUGACCGACCUGAGGAGUAAGAUGGAUGGCAUCGACCUGCUGAUCAUGCUGACCUCUGCAGUCUGUCACGACCUUGACCACACAGGAUACAACAAUGCCUAUCAGAUAAAUGCUCGGACUGAACUUGCUCUUCGCUACAAUGACAUCUCUCCACUGGAGAACCAUCACUGUGCUGUAGCUUUUGAGAUACUGGAGAAGACAGAGAGCAACAUCUUCAGAAAUCUGUCCAUGGAUCAAUACAAACGGAUAAGAGAAGGAAUCAUCAAAUGCAUUCUGGCCACUGACAUGACAAGACACAGUGAGAUUCUCAACAAGUUCAAGUCCAUCCUGCCUGCUUUUGACUUCACCAACAAGGACCACAAAGAUGUGCUGAUGAUGAUCCUGAUCAAAGUGAGCGAUAUAUCCAAUGAGGCACGGCCCAUGGAGGUGGCUGAGCCCUGGCUGGACUGUCUCCUACAGGAAUUCUACAACCAGAGUGAUGUAGAGAAGCUCGAGGGUCUCCCAGUCACCCCCUUCAUGGAUCGGGACAAAGUAACAAAACCUUCAUCUCAAACAGGCUUCAUCAGAUUUGUCCUUCUGCCUCUCUUCAUUGAACUGGCCAACCUCUUCCCCUGCCUGGAGCAACACAUUAUUGACCCGGUCCGGAAGGCUCUGGACUACUACACAGAGAUGGAGAAAGCCCUGGAGAGGGAGAAACAGAAACGAGCUCAGAGUGAGAAUGCAGCCAAGAGCAAGGAAGCGGCUGGGGGCCCACACAGCACAGCUGACGGCCACACAGAGGCCGGACCCGGAGCCUCGAAACCGGACACACAGUGA